AUGGCUUCGUCAACCAUAAUCAGCGGGUCACAAUGUCCUCUUGGUCUUGAUGACAAAAUUACAGUUCCAGAGCUGAUGCUCAAGUACAACCCGGAUCUAUGCCCACCUGACAAGGUCGUCCACAUCGACACUAUUGCAAAUAAGAGCUUGACCUAUCAAGGUGUCCGUGACCAAGCUGCCAAAUGUGCCUGGGGCUUGAAGAAUAAACUUGGAGUUAAGAAAGGUGAUAAGAUCCUGGUUAUUGUUCCUAACUCGUCAGAUUUUAUCGUCCUGGCUCAUGCCACAUUAUGGCUAGGGGCCAUCUUCUCCCCAUUGAAUCCAUCAUCCCUCGCCAAAGACAUUGCGCAUGCCGUUAACUUGGUCCAACCCAGUUAUCUUGCCAUACACCCCAGUAUACUUGAGGCAGUAGAGUCGGCCUUCAGUUCUCUGGGUCUGACCAAGUCAACUCGACCGACGCUUUUCACAUUGAUUGGACGAAGCAAUAACAUAAAAUUGUUUCCGGACGACAUCACAGGCUCGGGGCCAGACGAGACACUUGCGCCAUAUAGUGUGGGCAGCGGUACUACUAAAGACUUGACCGCCUUCAUCGUCUUCUCAUCUGGAACGACUGGCAAGAUCAAAGGGGUGCAAUUGUCGCAUUACAACCUCGUGUCCAAUUUGAUUCAGACUCGCAUUUCUGUCCCGGGCAUGAUGAAUUCAUCAAGUAGAGAAUGCUUCUUUCCCCCAUACUGCCACGUGUACGGGCUCUCUGUUGUCGUUCUCGUUGGCAUGUGGGUCGGUUCCUUCACAUGCGGCAUCCCGGCAUUCGAUUUUGAGCUCUUUUGUUCCAAGAUGGCCGAGUAUAAAGCCACAUGGGCGCACAUUGUGCCUCCCAUCGCGGUCGAGCUUGCGCAGUCUCAGACCGUGCUCAAAUAUGACCUUUCGGACCUCAAGACCAUCUUGAUCGCAGCAGCUCCAACGAAGAGAGCAUUACAGAUCAAGUUGAAGACAAGAUUCGGCGAAGACACGAAGAUCAUUCAAGGUUUCGGCAUGUCUGAGUGUUCGCCGACCGUCAUGUUGCAGAGUCCCCUAGACGACGAAAGCAACAUUGGCUCAGUAGGGAAAGUGAUUGUUGGAACUGAUGUCCGACUAGUCGACCCUGUGACGCUGAAGGACGUCCCUCGAGGUGAAGAAGGCGAGCUCUGGGUUCGAGGUCCACAGACCAUGAUGGGAUACUACAACAACGAAGCCGCGACUCGCGAGACAUAUGUCGGCGAAUGGUUGCGCACAGGCGAUAUCAUGCGAGUGGAUGAGAAUGACAACUUCUGGAUCACUGAUAGACUCAAGGAGCUCAUCAAGUACAAGGGAUUCCAAGUCCCACCCUCUGAGCUGGAAGACAUUUUACUACAGCAUGAGUCGGUGAUAGACGCAGCAGUGACAUCGAUCUAUUCAGACGAGCAGGCGACGGAGCUCCCGAUCGCAUAUGUGACACUCCACAGUCGACAUGAUGCGACAAAGGCGCCAGCCGAGCGACAGGCCGUGCUUGACAAUAUCCGCACCUGGAUCGACGGUCAGGUGGCCGGGUAUAAGAAAAUCCGUGGUGGCGUCUGGGAGUUGAAGUCCCUGCCCAAGACCCCGAGUGGAAAGAUCCUCCGUAAAGACCUCCCCUGUCGUGUUGCUGAGGCGAGGGCGGCAAAGUUGUGAGUUCACUUGGUUGUGUGUUUCGUCUCCAGAUUCAUUCUCCAGAGUCUGCCAGGUCUUUAGAAAUAUAGAUGAAUCAGC